AUGUUGGAUUCAAGACUGCUUUCAACAGGUUUCCUCUUACUGCUUGCUGCUUGGACAUACGCAAUUCCGGUUGACAACGGUGUGGUGGGUGAACCCGAAAUUGAAUGUGGUCCAAAUGCAAUCGGGAUCACAUUCAAUACACUUAAGCCAUUCGAGGGGCAUGUCUACGUUAAAGGAUUAUACGAUCAUACGGAAUGUCGCAGCGAUGAGGGUGGACGUCCGGUGGCAAGCAUCGAUUUACCGUUCGAAACUUGUAGCGUGGCCCGUACGCGAUCAAUGAAUCCACGUGGAAUCUUUGUCAGUACCACCAUUGUUAUCACGUUCCAUCCCCAGUUCCUCACUAAAAUCGACCAUGCGUACCGAGUACAGUGCUUUUACAUGGAAGCCGACAAAACAGUAAGUACAGAAAUCGAGGUUUCCGAGAUAACCUCUGUCUUCGCCACGCAAGUAGUACCAAUGCCUAUUUGCAAAUACGAGGUUCGUUUUAAAUUAUUUUUUAUACGUUUUUUGCAGCUAUGCAAUGCAGAAAACGCAUAUUGACG